CUCUCGUAUACGCCAAAAAUCUCGAUCUCGACUUUUCUCCCUCUGUCUGUCUCUGUGACCGACCGAACUAAAGCGUGUCAAACAGGUGGGGGUGCUCUUCCUUCAUCUCCUUCAGCGCCGCCAUGUCCAUGUGCUGAUACCGAUACGCCCCCCCGCCCUCCUCUGCCUCUAUCCUCGGCAACGGAGGCGGCGCCACACUCACAUGCAUAUGGUGAGGGGGCGUCGAGCCGUCCCCAUGGUGGCGAUCCAGCAGACUCUCGGCCACACCCUGGUUCAGCAAGGCACCCCCCAAAUCGCUCUGGUACCGCCGGAACCGCCACACGUGUAUGCGGUGUCGGAGUGACCGCGCCACCCAUCGCUUCCUCAGCCCCAUGCCGCGCUUCAGCCGCAGGAGGGCGUGGAAGCGCGCGGCCCGUCUGGAGGCGGCGAACUUCUCGGGUCUAAAGAAGACGAAUGAGACGGCCGCGAGGAGGCCGACGGCGAUCCCGCAGACGCCCACCGCAGUCAUGCCGGUGCGGACGGAUAAGGCGGGAGCCACGCCCAGUAUCACGGGACCUGAGAACCGAGAUAGAAGGGAGAGAUGCGCGUGCAUGUGCAUGUGCAUGUGGGUGUGGGUGUGGGUGUGGGGAGAGGUGAGAUAACCGACCUAGGAACAUGCCGAGGUGUCCGGCGACCUCGAGGCAGCUCUGCAUCUUGCCGAACGAGCUGGUCAGCCCGCGAUCCAUCGCAUACUGACACACAUGGCAGUACAGGACACACACACACCACUCCAUCGCUCCCCCUCUCUCUCCCUCCCUCCCUCCCUCCCUCCCUCUCUCCCUCUCUACAUCGCCCUCCCUUGUGUCUCCCUCCCCUGUGUGCCGUGACCGCCAACCACCCACACCCACCUGCAUCGAGAAGGCCUGGGACAGAGGGUCAUAUAUGCCAUAGCUCACGCCAAACAGAGCCAGCCACGCCACUUCGCUGUCGGUGCCCUCCGUCCCCCUCAGAAUGAGAUAUAGCGAGACACCUCCCACAAGCACCGACACCACACACAGAAGGUACAGCGGCCGGGACGUCUUGCGGGACAGAAAGGGGAUGAAGAUGGGCACCACCAGCCCCUCUAUGACUUUGCAGGCCGUCAGGGGCAGCAGCAGGACGCCCGAGCGAGACGCGUCGAGGUUGUAGGCCUGCUUCCAGUGCACUGGGAGGACACUGAAGAGCGCGGCGAGGGCGCAGUAGACCCACAGCUCGCUCAUGAGCAACACGCCGAAGUGCCACUCCAUGAGCACACGGUAGCUGGUGGGCCCGGCUUCACUCGCCAAACUCGCCAUCGAGUCAGCCAAACCCACCACAGCCGGCUGCUGGGAAGGGGCGGCGCCCACACUCACACCCACACCCACACCCUCCACAGCCACCCCCUGUUCGCUGUCCCUCGACCUUGGCCAUGGUGGUGGUUCCGGUUUCCUCGUGUCGACUGCUUCUGUGGCUGUGGGCACCGCCACUGACGGCUCUGUCUUGGAUCGUCUCUCCAGCGGCGCAGGGCGUGCCGCCUCUGCCUCAGGUGAGGAGGGGCUCUGUGAGGCCCUCGACGAGAGCCACAUGGAGAUGGGCGCGGCGGUGGAGUCGCGCCGACGGCCGCAGACCGACAGCUGGGACUCAUCCAACAGCUGGUCGUUCUGGCCGUCUCCCUCUCCCUCUUGCUGCUGCUGCUCCUUUGCAAAUUGCUUGUGGUUGUCUCGGUGGAGAGAGAGGUUCGGCUGUGGCUGUGGCUGUGGCUGUGGGUGGUGGUUGUUGCACUCGAUGUCGUCGACCUCUGUCAUGUGUGGCACGUCCCAUGGGGGAGAUUGUGGCGGGAGUGCUGAGAAGGUGUCGACCGCGAUGACGGCCCGGUGGUCGUUGGCGGCGAGGGAGCUCCACUGACGCUUCUGAGUGUGGUCGUCGGGCGGUUUCCUCUCGACAAUGGCACCACCGCCGCCGACAUCCACCCACUCUUCUGCAACACACACCCACACCCACACCCACACCCACACCCACCAUCUCUAUGUCACACAAACAACACUUCCUCGGCACACGCACCUUCUUGGCUUUUCCUCGGUUCCAGCUUGAGAGGUGACAGAAGAGAAGAACCGACUUUGCCGUCGGUGUCGCCUUCGCCGCUUCGAUGGCUGGCGGUGAGGGGCGAGGGGAAGGACGGAGCCAGUGGGACGUAGUCGGCCGUGGGCGACUGCCUGUGCGGGUCCGCCACCUCGUCGCCAGCCCGCGAUGGCGACCAUAGCUGGAGCAGGUCGUCGAGGUCAUCCUCCAUGACGUCCUCCGUCGGAAACAGAGGCUGGAGCGCCGCUAAGAUGAGACACACAAGCCAAUGCGCGACAUACUCAUGUGCACAUGAUGAGUCCUCCCUCCUGACCUGCCAGGGCCCACACAGACAAGGUGAGCAACACGAGGCUACCAAAGGCGAGCCAAGAGCCCCCACCAUCGUAGAGAAAACCCCCGAGAGCAGGGCCGAUCACACUGCCGGCAUCGGCAGUGAGCACCAGCGCCCCCAAGGCCGCGCUGUGCUCCCGCUUGUGGGUGCAGAUGAUGGCCGUCAGCCCGGCCGCCCACAUGAAUGAGUCGGCGAUGCCCUGCAGGAACCUGCCGAUGGCGAACACAGCUACCUUGGCAUAGAAAGCGGCGGACAGGGGCUCGGUGGGCGGUGGGGCGGUGGACGGAUGGUUGUAGAGAAAGGCAAAGGCACCCACCACAAAGAAGACAUACUGAUGGCACAGCGACACACACAGACGCCAGCCAAAUGAUCUAUAGAUAGCUGGCCGUUUGCCGUUCUCUGAGUGUUGUGUUUUGGCCCAUCACAUAGUAUUACCGGUAUGCCGAUGGUGGAUCUCCAUCCCUUGACGUCUACCAGGUGACCCACAAAGGCGGCAGAGAGCAGCGACGCCGCAGGCCGCACCAUAUAGACCACAGCCAGCUCCAAAUCGGCUUGAGGACCGAACAGGUGCGGCAGUACGGGGGUGAUCAUAGUAUUUGCCAACUGAGAAAUGAAGAUGGUCAGCCACACGCAGAUCAGCAGCCCGUACUGAAUUGACCCGCCAGGCAUCUUCGAGCCGGAUGGAUGAAUCAGACACAGCGACGACUCACAUCGAAAC